CAGCAUGAUAGAAGAUCGUCCCCGUACGAUUUCUUGACAAUUGUUUUGAAUAUUCCUCCUGUAGAUGGACACGCCCGACUUAAUGCUCGUCGGACUGUUCAUGGGUCCAGUGCUCUGCUGACCACGCCGUCCUGAUUAAUCCCCGGCGUGCCGAGACGAGCGCCACUUCUUUCGUCCAAUCCCGCAUGGCCUCAAUCGCUGUCGGUGAGCCCAUAUCUACCACCAUGGUCGCGCGGUCUGUAUACAGCGCGCGUCGUCCGAUUAGUGUCCUGCUCAAUGGGUCCUUGUUCUUGAGAUGGUCCACGUACAAAUGCAACUCCAAGUCCGCGACGUGGCUCUCGUCGAAAAGCCCGCGAAAUCGAGCCGCUGCGCUGGGUCCUUGCUGCCGAGGCUACGCCGCGGCCCGUUCCAGCGAAUCAAUCCAGGAAGAGCCAGCUUUUGAGAGCACCGUAGAUGCUGAGCUCAUCCUGGCCGUAAAAGUCCACGACAACUGCCAGGCUGGAGAGGCCUCCCAGCAGGGUCGGCCGCCAAUUGAACGUGUCCCGACGCGAGGUGGUGCCGCAAGUUGACAAACUAAGAACCGCGAUAGCCUUCAUACGAUGGAACGGACCAGACUGCCCAGGGAAGGCGCGCCUGACUGGUUGGCGCAAGUCUUCUACGCAAGUCCAUAUCGGUUUCCAUUCCGUCUUCAUUAAGCCAUGGCCCUUUCAGACCUGGAUUUCCGCGGCCGGGCCGCAACGUGGAUGAACGCCGUGCGGGACCAGCAGGUGCAGAGUUGUCGUGGCGGUCGCUGCGGUUGCGAAAGUUCCCCAAUCAGUGCUUGCAAUGAGUGGGUUCU